GCAGCGAGAAGGGAUGCAGAGGCGGGUACCAGGUGAUGCCCGCAGCCUGCCAGGCUCCCCUGAAAGCCCCGGGGGAGCUGGGGUGCCCGCUGGCAGCACCCCUGGGCAGCCUACGGGAACACAGGGUCCCUGAGCUCCCUGAGCCCCUGGGCAAGAGCAAGAGCAAGAAGAGGAGGAACAGGACUACCUUCAGCACGUUCCAGCUGGAGGAGCUGGAGAAGGUCUUCCAGAAGACGCAUUACCCCGACGUCUACACCCGAGAGCAGCUGGCACUACGGACGGACUUGACUGAAGCCAGGGUGCAGGUCUGGUUCCAGAACCGACGGGCCAAGUGGCGGAAACGGGAACGUUAUGGGAAAAUCCAGGAGGUGAGAGAUGCCGCGACGGCUGCCUGCUCCAGCCCUGUGCCCCCGCCCAGGCUGCAGAACAACCUGUGGCCAAGCUCCAGCCCUGGGAGCCCUGUGGGGCUCCUGCCCCCCGAGAGCAUCCCAGCUCCCUGCGUGUCUCCGUACCCCCACGCCCACAGCAACAUUGCCGGCUUCAUGGGCAUCCCUGCUUCUCCCG